AUGGAGACCUCUUCAAGAAGAGACAACAUUCCCGAUGCUGUACCAACCGCAAAGUUCCUGCAAGCUCGCAUAACCGCUCUCUCAACCACCUUGAUCAAACGAUUGGAAAACAUCUUCGCCGUUGCCCUUGACGAAACGGCCGCAGAGGCCACAAAUUCCGCCACUUCAGGAAGCCAGCUCCCACCCUCUCUCACAGACACUGCUGUGCAACAAUUCCAACUCGACGUCGAAUCGGCCGCAGUGAUCCGGGCGGCGGAGGAGAUCAUGAUGCUGACGAGGACAAUGAAAGAGAUAUGGCUAUUCGGCGGACUGGACACAUUGGAGAAAGAUCAUGAUAGUGACAAGAACCCUGAGGACGAGGCCGUGAGGCGGAAGGUGGAGGAGGAUGUGAGAGUCGUGGAAGAGGGCUUCAAGAAGUUCCUGGAGAAGUACGAGACGAGUCUAGACCUGGAUGGACAAAACCCAUGA